CGUAGUAGAUCAGUAGAUCGUCGAAUCGGUCGGGCGGUAUUAAGCAAGUUAUGUGUCUGAUCGUUCUUGAUUAACGAAAAGCAAGACAAAUAUAAUUUCAAUAAACUCCUGGUUUUAAUAAUCUUCAUAUUCUUAUUCGUAUAGGUGUUUUCAAAAGUGUCUAAACAAAAUUGUACCACACUAGUUAGGUUAUUUGAGGUUAGAGCAUGCCAAAUUGUAGAACUAAUGAACGGUUUGGAUGAAUCUGUGUUUUCAUCAGAAUUAAUAUGUUUCGUCCGACGAGAAAGUUUUUAUUAACCUUAGUUCGCGUGAAAGAAUGUCGUGCUGUGCACGUUAGUUGCCAACAUUUGUCAGAAGCCACAGAAUAUGAGUCUGCUAUUACCGAUGAGUAUAAAAGGGGACCUACAGAAGGUAGAUCCCUUUAUUUGGAUGCUCAAGCGACUACAUCCUUGGAUCCACGAGUAUUAGAUAAAAUGAUGCCUUAUUUUACAACAUGUUAUGGGAAUCCACAUUCCAGAACACAUAUGUAUGGGUGGGAAACAGAAACUGCUGUUGAAGUCGCUCGUGAUCAAGUAGCAAAUUUGAUAGGCGCGGAUAAGAAGGAGAUUAUAUUUACCUCUGGUGCAACAGAAUGUAAUAACAUAGCUGUAAAAGGUGUAGCAAGAUUUUAUAAAGGAAAAAGAAAUCAUAUUGUGACAACACAGACAGAGCACAAAUGUGUAUUAGAUUCCUGUAGAGCCUUACAGUCAGAAGGAUUUGAGGUAACAUAUAUUCCAGUAAAAUCAAAUGGUCUUAUUGAUCUGGAUCAAUUAGAGGAUGCAAUUAAACCCACAACAUCCCUUGUGUCUGUAAUGAUGGUAAAUAAUGAAAUAGGUGUGAAGCAGCCAAUUGCAGAGAUUGGUGCUAUUUGCAGGAAAAAGAAGGUUUUUUUCCAUACAGAUGCAGCACAAGCUAUUGGAAAAAUUCCAAUUGAUGUGAAUGCUAUGAACAUUGAUUUACUAUCUAUCAGUGGUCAUAAAAUAUAUGGCCCAAAAGGAAUUGGAGCUUUGUAUGUGAGAAGAAGACCCAGAGUACGCGUGGAAGCGAUUCAAAGCGGAGGUGGUCAAGAACGAGGUAUGAGAAGCGGUACUGUCCCAGCACCAUUAGCAGUAGGUCUGGGGGCAGCAUGUGAAUUAGCCCAAACAGAAAUGGAGUACGAUCACAAGUAUAUCACAUCGCUAGCUAAUCACUUGAUAGAAAAAUUAACGUCAAAUUUGCCACACGUUAUACGUAACGGGGAUACGGUUUCUUGGUAUCCCGGAUGCGUGAAUUUAUCUUUCGCGUACGUAGAGGGUGAAUCUUUGAUAAUGGCACUGAAAGAGAUUGCUUUGAGUAGUGGUUCUGCUUGUACUAGUGCAAGCUUGGAACCUAGUUAUGUAUUGAGAGCAAUUGGAGCAUCAGAAGAUCUGGCACAUUCCAGUAUUAGAUUUGGUAUUGGUCGUUUCACGACGUUCGAAGAGAUUGAUUUCACCGCGGAAAAUACGAUUCGGCACGUUAAAAGACUUCGGGAAAUGAGCCCAUUAUGGGAAAUGGUUCAAGAGGGAAUUGACCUGAAGACUAUCAAAUGGACUCAGCACUAGUGGCUUUUAACCACAUAGCUUUCACUAUCUAAUUAUACAGAUAGCAUGGAUUAAAUGUACAAUGAUAUUGACCGUAAG